AUGGGUGAGCUGACUGAGAAGAAUGAUGCUCUCGAGGCCAUGGUGGCGGCCUUGAAAAAACAGAUUAUAGAGCAUAAGGGGGAGUUUGCUAUCUACAAAGUUUCUUUAGGUAAUAGGGUGUUAGCUGUGGCACCUAUGCCCAAGUACUUCCCUGCCAAAGGCAUCAUGGAUGAUGCUACUAAGGUAAUUAAUGGUGUUAAAAGGAAAUGGAUUAAGACAGAAGUGGAUUUGGACAACCAUGUUAUAGUCCAACAAGUAGACACACAAAUGGAAUCUCCAAGCCAAUUUAUUGAAGAUUACAUCUCCAAUCUCACCACAAUUCCUGUUGACUCCUCCAAACCGUUAUGGGAGCUUCGCAUUCUCAACCUCAAAACUCCGGAGGCAGAGGCUGUUGCCAUCUUGAGGAUCCACCAUUCAAUCGGUGACGGGAUGUCUCUCAUUUCCAGUCUGUUUGCUUGUUGCCGAAAGUCUUCGGACCCUGUAGCCUUGCCUACUAUUCCAAUGCAAAAACAAACCGAUCGUCCUAGAAACCGGCGUGGUGUUUUGUGGCUAUUGUUGUCAGUUUGGUCAGUUUUAAGGUUAAUCUUGAACACCUUGGUGGAUAUUUCGCUGUUUAUGGCAACUAUUUUAUUUAUGAAAGACACAAAGACUCCUCUAAAAGGAUUGUCUGGCGUCGAGCAUAACCCCAAGAGGAUUGUCCACCAGACUGUGAGUUUGGACGACAUAAAACUAGUGAAGAAUGCCAUGGCCGUGACCGUUAACGAUGUCAUUUUGGGAGUAAUGCAAGCUGGUCUCUCGCGAUAUCUAAAUCGAAAAUAUGGUAAAGUUGAUAAGUCCAAGUCCAACAAUCUUCCCGGACAUUUCCGCUUAAGAGCAACUGUUCUUGUGAAUAUUAGACAAGCUAUUGGGAUCCAGGCAAUCGCUGAUAUGAUGAAGAAGAAGUCAAAGGCCAAGUGGGGUAACAAAUUGGGAUUCAUAUGCUUCCCUUUCACCAUUGCAUUGCGACUUGAUCCUUUAGAUUACAUUCGUCAAGCUAAAACCAUCGCUGAUCGGAAAAAGCUCUCCCUCCUAGCUUUAUGCACAUAUUUAAUCAACAAUUGCGUUGUCAAAUUAUUUGGAUCGAAGGUAUCGUCAUGUUUGGCAUAUAGAAUAUUUUUCAACACUACAAUGUCAAUAUCAAACGUGGUUGGACCAGUAGAGGAAAUAAGCUUUUUUGGUCAUCCAAUUGCUUUCAUUGCUCCCACUGUUUAUGGCCAUCCACAGGCCUUGAUAGUUCAUUUUCAGAGCUACAUAAAUAAGAUGAGCAUUGUUGUAACAGUUGAUCCAAAUGUGAUUCCUGACCCUCACCUUCUUUGCGACGAUUUUUCAGAAUCUCUCAAGCUGUUUAAGGACGCCAUCAUAUUAAACAACAGUGUAAUUGCUAACUCAAACUAGGACCUAGGAAACAAUGAAAUUUAAUUAUAGCUUUUUUUCCGCAAUAACGAACU